AUGUUCGACUGCAUGGACGUGCUGGCCGUGAGUCCCGGGCAGAUGCUGGAUUUCUACACGUCCAGCCCGUCCUCCUGCAUGCUGCAGGAGAAGGCUCUGAAAGCCUGCAUCAGCGGACUGGCGCACAGAGAGUGGCAGCACCGCCGGAGCGCGCACUCUUGCAGGGAGUGCGCGCCUUCCUGUUUGACCCCCGGCGGCAGGUUCAGCCAGAGGCUAAGGGUUCAGGAGCCACAGAUUGUUCUCCGGCUGUUCUUAAAGCCAGACUCGCCGUGUGCGCUUGUGGUCACACCGCCUCCCAGACGCAGCCAUGAGUUUCAAAUAGGCGGCGGGGCUGAAUCGUUGGCGCUGCCUCCGCUCAAUGUGGGACUACCCAGCCGUCACAAAUGCACCCAAGCCAUAUCAGGUUUUUUCCGCCGAAGCAUCCAGAAGAACAUGGUGUACACGUGUCACCGGGACAAGAACUGCAUCAUCAACAAGGUGACGAGGAACCGCUGCCAGUACUGCCGCCUGCAGAAGUGCUUCGGAGUGGGAAUGUCCAAAGAGUCUGUUCGAAAUGACCGGAAUAAAAAGAAGAAGGAGAGCCCAAAGCUGGAGCUGGCGGAGAGCUAUGAGCUGACCGCCGAGCUGGAGACCAUCAUUGAAAAGAUUCGUAAGGCCCAUCAAGAAACCUUCCCCUCCCUCUGCCAGCUUGGCAAAUACACCACGAACUCGAGUGCAGACCAACGCGUGAGGCUGGACCUGGGCCUGUGGGACAAGUUCAGCGAGCUGGCCACCAAGUGCAUUAUCAAGAUCGUGGAAUUUGCCAAACGAGUGCCUGGCUUCACACUGCUGACCAUCGCGGACCAGAUCACGCUCCUGAAAGCUGCCUGCCUGGACAUUCUGAUCCUGCGCAUCUGUACGAGGUACACCCCCGAUAAGGACACCAUGACCUUUUCAGAUGGGCUGACCCUCAACCGGACGCAGAUGCACAACGCUGGCUUCGGCCCGCUCACCGACUUGGUGUUCACUUUUGCCAACCAGCUGCUGCCCAUCGAGAUGGAUGACACGGAGACAGGCCUCCUCAGCGCCAUCUGUCUCAUCUCCGGAGACCGUCAGGACCUGGAGGAGCCCUCAAAGGUGGACCAGCUCCAGGAACCGCUCCUGGAGGCUCUGAAGAUCUACGUGAGGAAGCGGCGGCCCAGCAAACCGCACAUGUUCCCCAAAACCCUGAUGAAGAUCACCGACCUGCGCAGCAUCAGCGCUAAAGGAGCAGAGCGGGUCAUCUCUCUGAAGAUGGAGAUCCCAGGUUCAAUGCCGCCACUCAUCCAGGAGAUGCUGGAGAACUCGGAGGGCCAAGAUGGCAGCAGCAGUAGCAGCACGCGGAGCAGCAGCAGCAGCAGCAGCAGCAGCAGCACUUCGGCGGAGGCGGGGGCCAGCCCCGGCAGCAAGGACAGCCCCAACGAGGACGCCGCCGCUGAGUCGCCGGAGUCGUUGGACACCGAGGGCGCUACGGCAACGCCGCCCAGCGACGAGCCCUAG